AUGCCAAGGCCAAAUUAUACAGUUGUAAAUGAGUUCACCUUUGAAGGAUUCUCCAGCUUCAGGUGGCAGAACCGGCUUAUUCUCUUUGUGGUCUUUCUAGGUUUGUACUUGAUGACAUUGACUGGCAAUGGCAUCAUUGUGACCAUCAUUCGCCUUGACCGUCAUCUCCACAUACCUAUGUAUUUCUUCCUGAGUGUAUUGUCCAUCUCUGAGACAUGCUAUACAUUAGCCAUCAUUCCUCGUAUGCUGGCUGAUCUUCUAAGCCCACAGCAGCCCAUUGCCAUCCCGGAAUGUGCUACACAGCUCUUCUUCUAUCUUACCUUUGGCAUCAACAACUGUUUCGUGCUCACAGCCAUGGGAUAUGAUCGCUAUGUGGCUAUCUGCAACCCUCUACGGUACUCAAUCAUCAUGAGGAAAAGUGUUUGUGCUCAAUUGGCAUGUGGGUCAUGGGGAAUUGGCCUUGGAAUGGCCAUUAUCCAAGUGACAUCUGUGUUUGGCCUCCCAUUCUACCCAAUGAAGAGAGAAAACUACUCAGAGGUGAAUGAGUUUAUUUUUCAAGGGUUCUCCAGUUUUCAGGAGCACCAAAUUGUUCUUUUUGUGGUGUUCCUUGCUCUGUACAUCUUAACCCUUGCAGGUAAUACGAUUAUUGUGACCAUCAUCAGCAUGGACCGUCACCUCCAUACUCCUAUGUACUUCUUCCUAAGUAUGCUGUCCAUUUCUGAGACAUUAUAUACAUUGGUAAUUGUGCCGCGGAUGCUGGCUAGCCUCACUGGUCUGAAUCAACCCAUCUCCAAAGCAGGCUGUGCUACUCAGAUGUUUUUCUUUAUCACCUUAGCCAUCAACAACUGCUUUCUGCUCACGGCAAUGGGAUAUGACCGUUAUGUAGCCAUCUGUAACCCACUGCGGUACACAGUAAUCAUGGACAAAAAGAUGUGUGCCAAACUCCUAUGUGGCGCGUGUAGCAUUGGUCUUACCGUGGCAACAGUUCAGAUUGCAUCUGUGUUCAGGCUGUCUUUUUGUGAAACGAAGGUGCCUCAUUACUUCUGUGACAUCCUCCAAGUGAUGAAACUGUCCUGUGCUGACACCACUAUCCAUGACAUCAUCAACUUGAUCAUUAGUUCACUGGUGAUUGUGGUGCCCAUGGGUUUGGUCUUCAUCUCCUACGUCCUCAUUAUUGCCACAAUAUUAAAGAUUGCUUCUGCAGAGGGGCGGCAGAAGGCCUUUGCUACGUGUGCCUCUCACAUCACUGUCGUAAUUAUUCAUUAUGGAUGUGCUUCUAUUGCUUACCUCAAGCCCAAGUCAGAAAACACCAGGGAUCAGGAUCAACUGAUUUCAGUGACUUACACUGUUUUCACUCCACUGCUGAACCCUGUUGUGUAUACUCUGAGGAACAAGGAAGUCAAAGAUGCCCUGUGCCGGGCUGUGGGAAGGAAACCCCUAUCCUGA